GCCAACGUCCCGCAGUGCGAACCCGCCUUCGGACCUAACACAACGUUCUAGAAUCCCCAAGUUCCAUUUUCAAAACGUGAAAAGGCGCGCGAUAAAUUAGCGGGAGAAUAUUUUUCACGCGCCAUCUUUUGAAUAUUAUUUUUUUUUUUUGGUGUCUUGACACUGACCGUGUUUUAGUGAGUGUGCAAUUAUUACAAAAGUAAAAGGAGGUGAAACGUUUUCGGUAGACAUCGUGAUCUAUCUAAGCUGAGAAAUCAUGUCUUCGUACUAACUGCGCAAGCGCAUCUACCAAGAUGGCGGUCCGUCCGGCCGCGGUGGUCGUCGAACGGGCCAACAAGAGCUAUGGCACCCACACAGUGCUGCAAGAUCUGGACAUGACGGUCGAGAGAGGGAUCAUAUACGGCCUUCUUGGUCCAUCUGGUUGUGGCAAGACAACGCUCCUGUCCUGCAUAGUUGGGAGACGGCAAUUGGACAGCGGGAAUGUGUGGGUGCUGGGUGGCAGGCCUGGUGAGAAGGGCAGCGGUGUUCCGGGACCUCGCGUCGGGUAUAUGCCUCAGGAUAUAGCGCUGGUGGGGGAGUUCACGGUUCGCGACGCUGUCUACUACUUCGGCCGCAUCUACGGCAUGGACAACGACAAAAUGGUGGAACGGUUCGAGUUCCUUAGCAAUUUACUGGAGCUGCCCAGCGGUGGGAAGUUCAUUAAGAACUGUAGUGGUGGUCAGCAGAGGCGGGUGUCGCUUGCAGCUGCUCUGGUCCAUAACCCUGAACUGCUGAUCCUGGACGAGCCUACUGUUGGCCUGGAUCCGGUUUUACGAGAACAAAUAUGGGAAUUCCUCUCUGAGGUCGCGCGCGGCGGCGCCACCGUCAUUAUCACGACGCACUACAUCGACGAAACCAAACAAGCUCACAAGAUUGGCCUUCUGCGAGACGGUCAACUCUUGGCGGAGGAGGCUCCAGAAGAAAUCCUACGCAAGUUCGACUGCAACACGCUGGAAGACGCUUUCUUAAAACUAUCGCUAAUGCAGCACGAGUUACCGCCUAGAAUACCUUCCACUCUAACUCCGGACGUGAUCCCGGCGACGCGAGCGAUCGCGAACGGCGACACCCGAUACGAAUCCCGGGAGGACUUCAACGUGGUCACUAGCAGUACCGAUGUUUUAACAAAAAAGGAAAAACCAAAAACGCCGAAGAAUUUAUCAAGAUCGAGAUACAAAGCUGUGUUUAUUAAAUGUAUACAACAGUUUUGCAGGCAUCCUGGAGGGUUAAUAUUUUCGAUCCUGUUCCCUAUAAUCGAGGUUGUGGCGUUCUUCAUGGCCGUGGGCCACGACCCCCGCGACCUGCACGUCGCCGUCGUCAACGAAGAAGCCGCCUUCUCGCCAUUCGGUUUAGAUAUAUGCAAUAACAGAAGUAUAAAGCACGCAACAUUACUGGAAGAUGAAACCUGCGACAUGUACAUGAUGAGCUGUUGGUUCUUAGAAGAAAUGGAGUCGCACGACUUGUAUAAGACGGUAUACAACACAUCAGAGGAAGCCCGCGCCGCGGUACAAACAGGCAAGUACUACGCGGCGUUGUACUUCGGCGCCAACUUCAGCUCGGCGCUGGGCGUGCGGCUCACCGACUGGCAGGUCGAGGACGAGCUGCUGGACGAGAGCAGCGUCAAGGUGUGGCUCGAUAUGACUAAUCAUCAAAUAUCGUAUUUCAUAAAGAACCAGCUACAUAAGACUUAUGAGAGCUUCACAAAACGGGCGAUGAAAGCGUGCGAUCGGCCGGAAAACACCAUACAAAUUCCAGUGAAUUUCCACGAUCCAAUCCACGGCAAUAAACAACCCGAGAUGGUGCAGUACAUGGCUCCUGGUAUCCUAAUAACAAUUAUAUUUUUCCUGCCCGGAGUGGUGACGUCCACGCUCAUGAUCAGCGACCGUUUGGAAGGCGUGUGGGAGAGGAGCGCUGUCGCCGGAGUUAAAGCUCGCGAGAUGCUCAACGUCCACAUUACUCUGCAGUCUGCUGUUAUCCUGGUACAGACAAUCGAAAUGAUGGUGCUUGCGUUCGCCGGGUACGGCAUACCGAUGCGCGGGUCGAACAUAGCGUGCGGCUGCCUGCUGUUUCUGCAAGGCUUAUCGGGAAUGUGCUACGGUUUCUUCCUGUCCGUCUACUGCUCGAGCCACACCAUGUCCUUCUUCGUCGCUACUGGCAGCUUCUAUCCCAUGAUUUUAUUGUGUGGUAUCCUGUGGCCACUCGAAGGCAUGUCUAUGGGCCUCCGGUACGUGGCGUUGACGCUGCCGUUCACGAUCCCAUCGAAGUCAUUACGAGAGUUGCUGGAGAAGGGCACCUCUGUCACAGACCCCGCGGUCUACAACGGGUUCCUAGUGACCAUAGCGUGGAUCGUCAUCACACUAGCUUUUAUACUACUAAGACUUAAACUGAAAAAGACGUAAACUUUAGUUGUAUUUAGAUUAGUCGUAAAUUUUAUUAGAUUACACAAUAAUGCUGAUUUCCGUGUGAAAUUGUUAGAUAUAUUUUUAUAUUUUACAAAAUGAUGGACGUAAAAUUACAGACUAAGCGGUAUUUACGAAUUUUCUUGUUCAUAAGACAUAUACCGUCCUAAUUAGAUGUAUCAAUUUUAUUACUAUUGUGUAUAACCCUAAAAAAAUUAUAGAUAAUGAAUUUAUCUACAAAAUUGUAAUGUUAUUAAAUUAAUUAUUUAGAAAAGAGCUAAAGCUCGUUCGGGUAGCUGUAAAUAGCUUUAUUUUUAUAUUCUUAAAUUUAUUUUGUCAUUUUAUAUUGGAUGUUCAUUUUGAUGAACUUACCAUUUCAUAAAAUGACCUGCGGCCUCAUUGACUCUAAGAGACAAAAUGUCUUAUGGAUCUAAAUUCUAGCCUGUCCAAUCAAAGGUUGGCGAAUUGCUAGGCAGCACAGUAAUUGCAAGGCAGCCGAGUUGUUGCCUGGCAAGUGCAGUUCAUUAUGCGGCCGCACAUUGCCAUGUAUUGGCAAAGAUUGACUUUUUACUUAAUCGCACUGACAGUAUAUUACUGCCAGAGCUUUCGCCCAUAAAUAUACGCUAUUUUGAUGCGCAUUGAAGAUACGAACAUAAUACAUAUAUACAUGCAUACAUAUAAACAUAAUAAUUGUAAAGUGCAAGAAUGGUCUAACUGCCAAUUUAUUAAAGAUUAGUAAGUGAAAAUUUAUGUUACACGCAUAAAAUAUACCGUUCUAUAUAAAUAAAUAAGUAAAAAAUAAACGAGAUUUAAAAUAAGAAAGACUAGGUUACUUCUUCAAUAAAUCCUGUUGCACAUAGGCCCUUCUUGCUCAAUCGGCGUCAUAUAUUCUGAACCAUAAAAGGAUUUUCGAUUUGAAAAAACGCAAUUAUGCAUUUUUUAUUAGUGUUGAAAAUAUCGAAUAGGUAAUGGACCAGUGUUAUUUUACUACGGCUUUAAUGUAAUCUAGCGGACCUUUGUGAAUUGGAGGUUCCCAUAAUUGGAAUGAGUACUAACAGUAUGGUAAAAGAAAUAUCUUCGGUAACCAAAAUAUGGUUGGUACUGAGAUGGUGUUAUUUAUGGGCUGCUUAUUUUUUAUUGUACUAGAAUUGUUGGUCUUAAAACCAUUACAAUUUUGCCGAUUUUGUAGGUAUCGUGAUACGAAUGUGAUUUGGGUAUUUAUGAAUAAAGUUCUUUUUGUA